AUGUCCUGCAGAAUGUUCUUCGCGCUUCUUCUUAUUCUGUGCUCAAGCGCCGUCCUCUCUCACGCCAUGUCCACAGAAGAGCGCGAGAGAAGCAGAGUCAUACUCUUUGAACGAGGAGUGACGGCAGUGCCGUUCGAAGAAGAUAAUGGGACGACAUAUCAAAGAAGAGUUCAUUCAUUCCGUAUUCCUUCUCUUGUUGACGUGGAUGGUGUGAUGGUCGCCAUCGGUGACGCCCGUUAUAAUACGUCUAACGACAACUCCUUUAUCGAGACAGUGGUAAAGUACAGCGUAGACGAUGGGAAGACGUGGGAAACACAAAUUGCAAUCCAGAACACUCGUGUGAGUAACGUUUCUCGUGUGGUGGAUCCUACAGUCAUCGUAAAGGGGAACAAGGUUUACAUGCUUCUGGGAAGAUACAACAAGUCGACCAAUAACUGGAAUCAGCACCCCGAUGGCAAGGAUUGGGAGCCUGUGCUUUCUGUUGGUGAGGUGAAGAAGACAACGAUAAAUGGCAAGGUGAAUGCAACGAUUACAUGGAACAAUCCUGUCUCACUA